AUGGUUCUGAUGGCGACGUGGGCAGCGGCGGGCAGCGCGGUGGACGAUGUCAAGCCGCCGGGAAGAAGGGCGGCCGCCCAGCGCAAGAGUGCUGAGAAGGUCCUCAAUUAUGCCUCCAUGGCGCUGCACGGAGCUGCUGGGGCAUGUUUCCUGUAUGUGUGGCUGUGGCACAUGACUCCGGCAGCUGCCCUUCUCAAGGGAGCAAGCGAGUACGGCUGGUUCUUUAGGUAUUUGACCUUCUGCUCCUUCACUAUGCAGACCAUACAGCUCAUGUCUGCCAUCAUGGCAGACCUGCGAAAGGGACCAUAG